AUGUCGAAGAAAUUCAAGAGAAAAAUUCUCACAUACUGCUAUGGUUUAUCAAAAAGAAAGCUAAUAACAUUAACUAGUGCAUUUUGUCUUACUGUUUUCAAUAUUUGGUAUACUGCAAUACAAACUCAGAGUUUACCAAGACAGAUCGACGGUAAUUAUGAUCAAAGUGGUAAUCACAACGAGCUUUUAUCCUUGCCUACAGAAAAGAAAACCUAUACACCAUGUUUAAAAGACGAAAGAAAGUGGGAUGUUUUUCACGAAGAGAAAAUUAACCGAAUAAGGAUGAAGUGGAAAUCAUUUAUGCAUACAGUCAAUCAAUAUCCGUCUAACAAGUUCCGAGGGCGAGGCAUCGUAACAUCAACACGAAAAUCCGUCUACUUUCGGUUUUUAGCAACUCUCCGUUUACUUCGGUGGCUGAAUUGUACGUUACCCAUAGAGAUUUUUCAAUUUCCUAAUGAACUAAAUGAGAAUCAGUUGUCCGAAUUGCAAAAUAUUAACCAGGUGUCCGUACACAUACUGAACAACAGAGAAAGUGUUCAAGAUCGAAGCACAAAUAGAUAUGCUAUCAAAUUGCGUGCUCUUAUAGAAUCAAGUUUUGAGCAUAUUCUUUGGCUAGAUGCGGAUAAUAUUCCUGUCUGUGAUCCAGAAUAUUUGUUUGAUCUACCCCAUUAUACAAGAUCGGCUGCCAUUUUCUGGCCGGACUUCUGGACGUCUUCUCAGAACAAUCCUAUCUGGAAGAUAUUAAAUCUAACUUGUCGAGCAGAAGACUAUGAGCAAGAAGCAGGCCAACUAUUAAUCAACAAGAAGCUUAGCUGGAAAGCAUUACAUUCGUCUUUACAUUUAAAUGGAGACUCGGAUGUAAUGAAAGUACUCUUGGGAGAUAAGGAUACUUUUCGUUUAAGCUGGAGAGUAUUAAACAUUCCAUUCUAUUUCAUUCGAAAGUAUCUUGCCAUCGCUGGGUUUUAUCACAGAAAUUUUAACAGCAGCGAAUCUAGGGAAUUUUGUGGACAUACAAUGGUGCAACAUGAUCCGUUUGGUGAAAUUCUUUUCUUACAUGCUAAUAUGAUAAAAUACCAUCCACAUCUGAAAUAUUCUCCUGAAUCAAAGUAUCCCGAAGUGAUGCACUUGUCAAACCCUUGGCGUGUUCUUAGACGAUACGCCAAUACGGCUGGCUACUUGAAAGCUUCAAUUUAUCGUAAAUAUGGUUAUUCAUGUACGACUUUCCCAACUGAUGGACCACCACUUUAUGAAGAAGAUUUUCAUCGUCUUAUUUCGCCAACUGUGACUAUGAUGUAUCUUCGAUUUUUGAAUGAAAAGACUAGCAAUAGUGACACUUCCGAAUAUGCGUCAGUUGUCGAGUAA